AGUCAGUUUGUGUUGUCGUUGUCAGCAGAAAGACGGAGACGACAUUGACGGACAUUUCCACAAGUCAGUGCAACAGAAGCAGAGCUCUGCGAGUGCACAUUGUAUCGGGACGUGAUUGUGCUAUGUUGUGGUGUUCGUCGACAGCCACCAAAUGUCACGUUUAAUUUUCCUGCUGGUGUUCUUAUCUGUGUCUUGGGCCGAUAGACAUGGAUUGGCUCCGUCCACUAUUUCUAUGUACAAAGACAGCUCCGGCCACAAGAGGAGCCCGGUGAUAAUUGAUUCGACGCAAGACGAUGGCCUGUCGCCCCACGCAUCGCUGGACGAGCUCCUUCCCUCGCAUCGGUCCAAGAGGGACAUCCAGCCAGAGAAAUCGGCGAUAGGGACCAAGGUCAGCUUUCUCAAUGAUUCGCACUCUCUCCUGAUGGUUCACUGGGCUGGUGAAGGCUCUGAUGUUGUGCUAUGUCUUGCACGAGAUCCCAUUCAGCGCACUGCAGCUGCAGUGAUUCCAAAGCCAUCAUCUCUAUACAUUUCAUAUGACUAUGGUGAUACCUUUGACAAUAAAACAGAGCUACUGAAGCUAAACAAUGGUAAAUAUGCCAUUGUUGAGAAAUUUUACAACCAUCACAGAUACACAACACAUGUUGUUCUGACAGAUGUCACGAAUAAAGUGAUUCUUAAAACUAGAGACAGUGGCCAAACCAUGGAGCAAAUAAAGGUGGAAUUUCAUCCAUCAGAUGUUCUCUUUCAUGAUACAGACCCUUUUACGUUUUUAGUUUAUGACAAAGUUGACCCAUUAAAAAAGCUGUGGUUGACAAAAGACUUUGGUGAAACCUGGACGGUGAUUCAAGAAAUGGUUAAGUCCUUCUAUUGGACCCUCGGUACCCCAGUAGGACCUGAUCAUGAAGUGGAUAUGGAUGCCCAAGGAGAGGAUCCAUCCCUUGAUCCCCCAACAUUGUAUGUGGAGCGGAAGGAGCCCGCCCGAGAUUCGAUAGUGCUGCAUUCAACAGACUUGUUCCAAAGUUUCCGAAUAACUAUUCCUGAUGUGAAAGAUUUUCAUGUCAAAGGCGACUUUUUGUUUGCCACCAAAGCAUCAGAGAAGGGCGGCCUUGAUUUGUAUGUUUCCUUCAAACGAGGACCAUUUGUGAAAGCUAAAUUUCAAUCUGAGCAUUCUAAUUUGAAAUAUCAUAUUGCUGAUGUCAAUGGAGAACAAGCUAUGAUUGUUGUUGUACAUGAGCCUAAUGUGGCCAACCUCUAUGUCUCAGUGGAUGUCUCUAAAGACUCCGUCAAGUUUGCCCUGUCUCUUGAGAAUAUUUUCUGCUAUAUGCCUAAUGUUACGUGGCAAAAUUCGUGGCUAGUUGAUGUUGCUGAGGAACCAUUUGCUACACUAACCCGUGUUGAGGGUUUGCGAGGAAUCUACAUUGCAUCUGUAGUAACUUCAAGGUCUAAGAGUGCCCAUAUAGGAUUGGAGAAUUUAGCUACGAUGAUAACGUUUGAUAGGGGUGGAGAGUGGCGGCUUCUAAACCCUCCUCAGUAUGAUGAUGAAGGGAACCCCAUUAAAUGUGAUAUUAAAGAUGGAUGCUCUCUGCAUCUAGCCCAGAGCUUUUCCCAUCUCCACCCUCAAACAAGAUAUGUUCCUAUUCUUACUUAAUCUGCUCCUGGUAUUAUUCUUGCCACUGGUGUAGUGGGUAAAUCAUUGAAAGGCCAUGCUGGUGUGUUUCUAAGUGCCGAUGGUGGGGUUACCUGGCGCCAAGUGCUGAAAGAUCUGUAUUUCUUCAAUUUUGGUGACUAUGGUGGUGUGAUUGUUGCUGUCAAAUAUUUUAAAACUAACGGAGAAACUCGACAAAUUUUGUAUUCAACUGACGAAGGGCAGACAUUUAAUUCUCACAAUUUUACCAAUGUAGACUUGCGUAUGUAUGGUCUUAUGACUGAACCAGGUGGCAACACAACUGUUUUCACUAUGUUUGGAUCUGGUAAACCCAAGCACCAAUGGAUUAUUGUGAAAGUUGACAUGAAGAAUGCAUUCAAAUACAACUGCACUGAUGAUGACUACAAGUUUUGGUCUCCUGGUAGUGGUCCACUAGGAAGUGAUGGUGUCAGAGUUCCUUGUCUGCUCGGACGCCAAGAAACCUAUCAGCGUCGAUUGCCUCAUUCUAAUUGUUACAAUAGCCGUAAUUAUGUCAGACGUGUCAAGAUGGAAGUUUGUGGUUGUGCAGCUGAGGACUUUGAUUGUGAUUUUGGUUUUAAGCGAGACCUUCAUCAUACUACCACUCGAUGUGUGAGAGACAGAGAUAUGAAAGCUGAGCCAUACGCUGUUCCUCAGUUGUGUCCACAAGGAACGUUUUAUGCUCGAACUAAAGGCUAUGUCAAGGUUCCUGAAGAUGUUUGUGUAGGUGGACAUGAGGAGAGAUAUUUACCCGAUCAUAUAGCAUGUCCCGUAAAGGAACAAAAUGACUUCAUGCUUGCAGCGCAGCGAGACAAAAUCGUUCGUAUUAAUUUAGAGUCGAAUACAAUGGACCCUCUUCCAAUUCUCAACCUGAAGAAUGUCAUUGCUAUUGAUUUUGAUAUGCGCAAUAACUGUGUGUUUUGGGCAGAUAUUGUGACUGACACUAUUGGGCGACAAUGCAUGAACUCUGGACUUGAACUCCCUGAAAUAAUAGUUAGCACAAAUCUCAAAUCUGUGGAAGGAAUGGCUUAUGAUUGGGUCUCCAAAUUGCUCUAUUUUGUGGAUGGUGCUCGUGCAACCAUUGAAGUAGUGCGCACUGACAUCAAUCAUCAAGGACGCAUGAGAAGAACCAUCCUAAAUGCUCCUAAUUUGAAAAAGCCCAGGGGAAUAGCUUUACAUCCUAAAGCAGGGUACAUAUUUUGGUCUGAUUGGACUCCUGAACGCCCAAGUGUGAACCGUGCCAACAUGGAUGGAAGCAAUAUUAAACGUCUGUUCAAAGGAACGAAGGUUGUUUGGCCCAAUGGUGUAACAAUUGACUACAUUGCUGAAAGAGUGUAUUGGGUUGAUGCCCGUGAAGACUACAUUGCCUCCUGCAACUUAGAUGGAGAUAAUGUUGUUAAGGUUAUCACUGACAAUGAUCGAGUGUCCCAUCCCUUCUCCGUUGCAGUGUUUAAAGAUAACUUGUAUUGGGAUGAUUGGAAGAACAAUGCUAUCUUUGUUGCUGACAAAGAUCAUGGAGUGGCAGUUCAAAAUAUAACCGGCACUUUGCUAGGCUUAAUGGAAAUAAAGGUUUAUGCUCAUAGUCUUCAAGAAGCCACUAAUGCUUGUGUAAAUAAGACAUUAUGUUCCCACAUUUGUGUGGGAGCACCUAAUGGUGGCCAUGUCUGUUUGUGCCCAGAUGAAAUGAAAAUGGUGAAUGGUGUGUGCAUGUGUCCUGGUGACAAACCUCCGUUCAAAAAUGGAACAUGCCCUCAGGUAGAGCACACAUGUGACCCUUCAUUCUUUGCGUGCCAAAAUGGAAUCUGCAUUCCUGGUCUUUGGCAUUGUGAUACUGUGGACGAUUGUGGAGACAAGUCCGACGAGGUGAAUUGCACGCAGGCCCUCUGUGGGAACAAGAUGUUCAGGUGUAAUGAUGGCAAGUGCAUUUCACCUGUUUGGCGAUGCGAUAUGGACAAAGACUGUGAAGAUGGCAGUGAUGAAAUUUGCAAUGAAAAGAACUGUACUUCUACUCAAUUCCGAUGUGCAACAGGCCAUUGCAUUGAUAAAAAGUGGGUUUGUGAUGGUGAGAAUGAUUGCCAUGAUGGUUCUGAUGAAUUAUCUUGUUCUCAUUCUCCUCCAACAAAUUGCCCUGAAAAUGAGUUUAAAUGCAGCAAUCAUUCUCAGUGCAUUCCAAUUUCAUGGAGAUGCGAUGGGGAGAAGGAUUGUCUUGAUGCCUCAGAUGAGAAAAACUGUACGCAACAUAUGCAAUGUAAACCAUGGCAGUUCACUUGUUUAUCUGGAAAAACAUCAUGUAUUUAUGCAACAUGGCAGUGUGACAACAGUCCAGAUUGUGAUGAUGGAAGUGAUGAACUCAAUUGCACUGCUCCUGCAACUCCUACUACGCCUGCCCCAUUUGCACCAACAAAAAAUAAUACAUGUGCUGAGUGGAUGUUCCUUUGUAAAAAUGGACGUUGCAUCCUGGAUUGGUGGAAAUGUGAUAAAGUAGAUGAUUGUGGGGACAAGACGGAUGAAAUAGGAUGUGGUUAUGAUGAAAAUUCAGAUGAUGAAGAAGAAUUGGUACCAGAACUGCCAAAGCAUAGCUGUCCCCCAAAUUACUUCCAGUGCUACACAGGGGACUGUAUCCCAGAUGCAUGGGUUUGUGACAAGGCAGUAGAGUGUUCAGGUGGAGAAGAUGAACAAAAUUGUAAUGGAGCGACUGACUGUCAUGAACGCAACAUGUUCACAUGUCGCAUUGAUGGGUCUUGUCUCAGUAUGGCCCAGGUAUGUGAUGGUAGUCCACAGUGCCCUGAUGGAUCUGAUGAAGCAUCAUGCUCUACUGAUAAAGAUAAAGAAGUGGAUCCAACAAGACAUCACUGUCAAUCUGGAUACUUGCCAUGUCUUGACGGUACAUGCUUUCCUAUUGCCAACUUCUGUGAUGGAAAGACACACUGCAUUGAUGGGUAUGAUGAGCAUAAUUGUACUAAAAAUGGCACAAGAGUUUACCAAGUUCUCCAAAUGGGUUAUGAUGAGCGAUUACAAGAUGCGAACUCUCUUUUACUGUAUUGGUGGAUGGCAGUUCCCAAAGAAGUUUUCCUUGAGUACAUGCCUUCUAUUGCAAAAGUGGUUCCUGCUGGGCAUGAAGUGCGUCCUGUGUGGAAGAACCAUACACAGUGGAUCUCUGUGCCUGAUUUUCGGUUCACAAAUCUGACAGCAAAUACCCAGUACAACAUGACUGUUUAUGUGCGAGUUAAUGGAACAAACAACGUUUUCCCCCCAGCAAAGUAUGUCCAAGCUACCACUGGUGAAGAUACACCUAGUGAACCAUACAAAGUUACUGCCAAACCUGUGAACUUUGAUGAAGUGGUGGUCUCUUGGGAGCAUCCUUUAUUCCCAAGAGGAACAAUUUUGGGCUACAAAGUAUUUAUGUCCCCACCUCUGCCCCCUCUAUUAAUUAACACAAAGGAGAGAAAGGCAUCAAUUAAAUAUGACUUUGAAUCCAACUCUACAUACUCUUUCUGGGUGGUUGCGUACAAUAGCAAAGGAGAAAGCAAUGGUUCCCUUGUUGUUAAACUGGAAAUGAGUGAGAUUUCUAUGACCAUUAAGUCAUUAAGAAUAACAAUCAGGACUAAUGACUCUGUCACAUUGGAGUGGAAUGCUAUUGAUGCUCCACAAGGUUCUGUAGAAUAUGAAAUUGAUGUUCAAGUUCCUCAGUAUUAUCCUAAAAUAGCACCUUACAGAACGACAAACACCUCAUUUACCGUUCCAAACCUCUCACCGGGUUUGGCGUUUGUGUUCAGAGUUAGAGCUUGGCACAAUAAUUUCCCUGGUGCUUUUUCUGCUGUGCAUACUAAGAUGAAAGGAGAUUCCCUUCCUAAAGUUGAUGGGUUGAAAGCUCAAGUCUUGAAAGAUAGUGAAUCUGUGGUGCGGCUUACUUGGAAUCCUGUUCAGGACUCUAGAUCUAAAACAUGGAAGUAUGGAGUGUAUUAUGGUCUCUCAUUAGCUGAAGCGCUUGAAAAACCCAGAGGAAUUACUGAAACAACAUCUAUCGACUUGAAAGAUUUGCUGCCAUGCGUUUCAUACAUGUUUUACAUUGGGCUUGUUGGGCCAUUAGGAGUUGGUCCUAUCUCUACAAUUCCGUCCUAUCAGUCAGUAGUUACUGUGUAUUAUCCUCGAGCUCCUCCAAGACACCUAGGUGUGCGAUCUCAAGUUUUGGAACAUGGAAGGGAUACUCAUAUGAUAGUCCAUUGGGAUGCAUCUUGUCCCACAUUGAAUGGCAACACCACUACGAGAUACAUUGUGACUGUAACCGAAAUAAAAUUGAAUCACACUUCUUCAAUAACAACUUUGCCAACAAAUGCAAAUUAUAUGGAAGCCCCCUUUAAAGUUCAUUGGGGUGGACAUUAUAACAUUACUGUGCAAACAGAUGCCGAUGAUGCUUUAGUUGCGGGCCCUGUGUCAUAUGAUGCUCCUCCCAUUCCUUCACCCCAUCAACUAAAAGUUGAACCAACUACAAAUGGUACCUAUAUCCUGUUUUGGUCUGUAAGUCAACCAUUUGGUGACAAGAAUGAUGCCAAUUUGGACAAGUUUCAGUUUGAAAUAUUGGUGUGUAAGGGACGCACUAUGAAUGAAUCGGAAUCCAAGGCAUUCCUUGUUCCUGGGCCCCCAUUUCAUUUAACUGAUGUUUCGGAAGGAACCGUGUAUUCUUUUGCCAUACGUGCUGUAACAGAUGAUGGCUACAAGUCAUCUUUAUCAGAAAUUCGUUCCAUUGAAGUUCCACUUGGAUCGUGGUCUGCUGCAGUGAAGAGUGGAGUGGUGAUGUGGACUGUUCUUCCAGGAUUGAUUCUAAUAGUUGGGCUUGUCAUGGCGAUUUUCUUCUUUGUGUGGCGCCAUAGACGCUUACAACAUAGUUUUGCUUCCUUUGCAAAUAGUCAUUAUGACACUCGAUCUGGUGCAGCAACAUUUGGAGGCAGUGAUGGACUAGGGGGGGAUUUCAUUGAGGAAGAAGACUCUCCAGUGAUCCGUGGAUUCUCCGAUGAUGAGCCUCUUGUCAUUGCCUGAAGAUAAGGAUGAUAGUCAAGUGACUGUGAUAUGUUCUACCAGCAUAAUGACUUCAAACUAAAUUGUACUGUGGUAAUCUCAGAACUAAACUACCACAGGUUAACUUUUUUUCCCCCUCUUUUUUUUUGCCCCUGUAAAAUUUUGUAUGUAACAAGUUUGUGUGUGCACAUGCAUCACUGUUAGUCAAAGUGGCUGGUAGUAAAAACCUAAUUCUUAGCUACUAUGUGGAUGGAGGAUAGUGAAUUAUUAGAUGGGAAAUCCAGUGUCCUAUGUGCUACAGUUUCAGCUGCAAUCUUAAUCUUAAUAACUGUUUAUGCUUAUGUGUGUUGAUUCUUUAAGUGAACAUCCUACUUCUUAGGACAAAAAAUUAUCAGUAUUUAUGUUUACUUUUGAUAUCAUUGCCUUUGCAAUGAACAAUAAGAGCCAGUUGCUGUAAAAUUUGGGUUUAAUGUAAUCCUUUAUUUUAUCUGUCCAGGACUUAAGGUUCCCUUUCAUGGGUUGUCAGAAUGAGAAUGUAAUCAGUGGUUUACGGGAACAUUCCAGAAGGAUUCCACUUAAAGCGUUCCCCCCUCUUUUUCCCCCCCAAAAUUCAGCUUGAAUUAGUUUGCAAGGAAUGGCCUUCCUGUCACUGUCACAGUCUGAUCUUGUUUUAAAAACUUUUUGUAUAAUGUGUAUCUUCUUCAUAGAUUUGUUUUAGGUUUUGUUUUUUAACUUUAUGACUGGAUGAAAGCAGAAUGCUGUUUUUUUUUCUUCUAAUUUGACUUGUGCUAUGAAAGAUCUCGAAAGUAUAGUCUGGAUUUAGUGUGUGGAUGGUGCCUUGGAGAAAUGUAGGGUAAGCUACCAAAGUAUGCUCACGUGAGCUGAGAGCUGUAGAUGCUUGCUGAUAGGCCACUUAUUAUUAGUAAUAUUUUUAUUAUUUACUGGGUUGUGUUAUGUAGAUUUGUUUGAGCGUUAUGUAACUAUACUUGGAGACGUUCUCCGUCAGUGAUUAUUUUGUAAGUGUUAAGUUUAUUCUGAAAAGAUUUUAUAUUGUCUUAAUUUCAGUGAUAUACCUAUAACAGUGGAGAAUGAUGCUAGAUAUCCAAAGGAGAUGUACAUUGAUCAUUUCUUUUUGGUUGGGUACAUAUGUGAUCAGACCAAGUCAAUGCAGUAGUCUAUGAAGGGUGAGAGAUUAUAUAAGGCUGUAAAUCUUGCAAAACUUGGCAGUGACUUUGCCAUUGUUUUGGUGCAAUGGAUCAAUGGAACAUUUCUGUGCCAUUAUGGUUUUCUGGUGAGGAUUCGCACACACACUUUGUAUAGAGAAACUCCACUUUUUAAGUCUCUUUCCCUUUUUAUGUUCCUGAUUAUUAAUUGAAUGCGGUUGACUUUGCAUAGGCUGGGAUAAAAGUUGCUGAAUGGUUUGUGCCUGUGGUCAUGGAGACUGUCUUCAUGCUGUGGUAAGAUUGUACACAAUUUCUGUUCUGAUGUAGAUGCAUGAAUUUUCUUUUCUGCUAUUAUGUCAUUCCUUUGGUAGUUGUGGUACUCUGCUCUUCCCAAGAAAGUUCAGUUUAUGUCCCAAUAUGAUCAUUCUUUUCCUGAAGAAAAACAACUGUGUGUCUGCUGAAAAUAAAUAUGUACUGUAACUCAA